AAAUUUCAAGGCACUGAUGUGUCCUCAUAGUUUAGGAUAAGAAAGGGAGAUAUGCGCCAAAGUUGAAGCGUGAAGGGUCAGAGCGCCAUCCAUGGCUGGCAUCAGCAUCUUCCCCUUCAAACUCUUCCAUACCACAAUCACACCCUCACCUCUCUUCUCUUCUUCCCACUCCAAAUUCUUCGGCCUUCUCCUCUCUAAUCCCUAUUCUCUCAAAUCUCACUCUUCUCUCCCCCUUCCCGCCUACGUAACCGCCCGCUAUGGCGGUGGCCCCCGCACUUCCGAUUCCGGCAACUCCCGGAGACGCCACGCCGAUUCCGAAGACGAACAAGCUCUCGACCUCUCCUCUCUUAAGUCAGAUACCGUCAGGCUUAUUGAUCAGAACCAGAACAUGGUUGGAGUAGUGUCGCUCGAUGAGGCUGUUCAAAUGGCUGAAGAUGCAGAGCUUGAUUUGGUGAUAUUAUCCCCGGAUGCAGAUCCUCCCGUUGUUAGAAUAAUGAAUUACAGCAAAUAUAGAUAUGAACAACAAAAGAAAAAAAGAGGACAGCAGAAGAAAAGUGCUGCUAAUCGGAUGGAUUUGAAGGAGCUCAAAAUGGGAUACAAUAUAGAUCAACAUGAUUAUUCUGUGCGUUUGAAAGCUGCCCGGAAAUUUUUGAAAGAUGGUGACAAGGUUAAAGUCAUAGUAAACCUUAAAGGUCGUGAAAAUGAAUUCAGAAAUAUUGCUAUUGAGCUUAUUACACGUUUUCAGAAUGAUGUUGGGGAGAUCGGAGUAGAGGAGGCUAAAAACUUCCGUGACAGGAACGUCUUCAUAGUUUUGGUUCCAAAUAAAGCUGCUGUGCAGAAGACUCAAGAAACACCAAAGAAAAGAGACAAGUCAGCAGCGGAUGAAGUCUCCGUCAGUGUCCAAUCAUAACAGAAAACUUCCACGCUAGUUUCUAAUUGUAGAAUGGAUCACAAGAAGCACAUGGUCCUAACAAACGCUUUAGCAGGAAACCUGUCAAUUCUGGGGAAUAUGCUUGCCUGAUAUGAUUAGGCCAACAUGCAGCACCUCUCUGUGGGUGCUGCUUGUGUAUAACUUGGUCUCGGACGGUGGUUAUUCUAACUCAAGAUGUAGAGGCUGCAACCUACAGACCUAACGAUUUGAAGGUAGCUUAGUUUUGAAGUGCUUACGUUCGAAGAAUGCUAACAUGUUAUAUGUUUUUUACUCGCACAAGUAAACACAGCAGAGUCCUGAAAGCAACACUUUAUAUGUACCUUAUUUUAUUUUUGGUGAACAUGUGUACCUUAUUUUAAAUUCUAAUAUCCUCCGCUUUAUGUGCUGUGACAUUAAACCUUCUUUGAGUUGGGAUGUUGAGUGCACCUUUUUCUGGUUCCAUACAUUCCU